AUGGCGCGCGGUAAGGCGGAUCGAGCUCUGACGGUGGGCAAGAAGCUCGAAAUUAUCGAGGAGGCGGACCGCACGGGGCUCAUCGCCGCAACGGCGCAGAAAUACGGCGUCAAGACGGGCCAGAUUCGUGACUGGAAGAAGAACAUUGAUCGCCUGCGUGCCACGGACCCGUCGCGCCUCGUAUGCGCCAGUACCAUCCAGCGGGGCCACCUGGUGUUCAACGAGACGUACGCGCAAUACUGGGUGGGAUACAACAAAUUCUGCAGCAACAAUACCAACUAUGACGACCUCAAGAACGCACUGCGCGUCACACACAAGGACGUGCUCCGCGAGGGUGUCAAUGGAUUCAACUUCCCGGCGAUGGUGGACCCAAGCGCCACACACGAAUUGGUAUCUCCCGACAACAACGGUUUCUAUACGACGGAGGAAGUGAAGAAUCUGUACGUGAAGGACAUGACGACGCUGCGGGAUCAACUGCGCGAGUUCUUCGGCCAGAAGCCGUUCCCCACCAAGUACAUGUACUUUGUGACAAAAUUGGAUUUCGUCAAGCCCGAUCCGAAUGAAAAUACUGAAGAGGACGAAGACGGGAACAGGAGACAGACGGACAAGGUCGCUGGAGUCGAGGACGUCAUUUCUUUCUACGUUGCGAUCUGUGGCAACGGGUCCGUGAUGGUUCCAAUGUCGCUUUUCCCGCCUGUUGAGGAAUGGCACUGGGAACGCAAGAAAAAAGUCAAGCUGCGUCAUGCGCACAGUUUGCACCGCACCAAGCUGAACGACCCGAAUGACGCACUGGAGUUUUUCUCGGUGACGUGGAAAAAGUUUUACGAGGAGGAGGCCAAGUACAGUGACAAGUUCGCAUUUUUGCUGGAUUACUCGAUCGAGGAGUUCAGAGCUCCCGAGUUCUUGGAAGGUCUGAAGCAACUAGAGGGCUAUAACAAGUACUGGACGACGUUGUACACCGUGCGCAACCCGUUGCGUCUAUCUCGCUUCGAGGACACGCUCUCGACAUUCGUGCUUGAGGAGUGGCGCUCUAUCCUCCAGAUGAAGAAGUCUAGCCAGCCCAAUGACUACCGUAAGUGCGUCGCCUUUUGGUUCUACUCGGCAUGGGAGUUCUUUGCUGGCGACAAUGCACGUGUAGCCUUCCGAAGCUGCAACAUAUAUCUCGAGGACAAGGCUGCAUGGGGCGUGGACACUGGCGAAAACUCGGUGUGA